AUGGCCCCUGACUCCUGUCUGCUUGACAGGGCGUGCAAGCCACAUCGGACUGAGCGCUCCGUGCGGACCCGCGCCGUACUGUGCAGGAGCAGGAGCAGGAGCUGGUGGAAGGAGCCUGCCUGGCAGCAGAAGAAGCAGGAAGGAGCAGGGGCAGAUGACUCGAUGCAAAGCUCGCCUCAAGGGUCGAGUUGGACCAGGUUUGCCUGCGGCGAGGGAGUGCCAACUGACAUUCCGCAGAUAAGGCCCGGCAUCAAGCUGCAUCAAGCUGCAUCAAGCUCCGGGCAUUGCGACGAGACGGGAUCCGAUCCACAAGUCAAACUCCACGCGGGCACGGCACAACAUCGUCCCUCUGCCUGCCUUGCCUGUCUGUCCAUCCGCGGCAUGGGCUGGACUACCGAACGAGUGCAAGCUGGGCAAACUCGCCGCUUCGAGCAAUCCUACCUGCUUCGCGGACGAGAAGCGUCCCUCGUGCGUCACCAGCACCGCCUCGCUGGAAACACGGCAAACGCACUCGAUCAGACCCCUUUGCACUUUGGCCGCGCUGGUUGGAAUCGGCAACAAAUCACAGACACCACAGACACCACAGACGAGGGCCCGUGGCAGGGCGAGCCCUUGGGGUCAUCGUCACCCCCUCGCCCAGCUGGCUGGCCGUUCCGUCCCGCACCAGGACUGCCAUGUGCGAAAUCGUGUGCUGCCAAAGCAUUUGAUUUUGGACCUUGGACCUUGGACCACGCACCACGCACCACGCACCACGCCUGCCUCACGUGGAAGCCCUAA